CCAUGCAAAUUGUCCUUCCAUUAUUCUUCUAUGUCUCCGCUGAUUUCGCUAAUAAAACAAAUAGAAAUGGUAUUUAUUUAUUUAUUUAUUUGUUGCAUAAAUAUGGAAAUUAAAAGGUCUUGUAGGAUUUUGAUUUCAUAAAAGGGGGUUCUCUCUUCUCUACCGCAAUUGUAGCACGAGGCGCUAUCAAUUAAGUAAACACACAACAAAAAAAGUCUACAUUCUUCUUCUUCUGACUGAACCAGAACUAGACCCGACCCGACCGGAAUUCCUUAUGGGAUGCGUUAGCUCCAAGCAGGCGGUCUCCGUGACACCUGCGAUCGACCACUCCGGGUCCUUCCGCCCCAAUGCCGCCGACUUCUCCGACACCAACAACAAGAACAACGAGAGGACUGACUCGUCUGUUCUGACUCGGAGUGAGUUGGGCGAGUCAGGUAGGACCAGUUCUACUGCCUGCGAAUCCCUCAGCUUCAGGCUCGGAAACCUCCACAAGUACGUCGAGGGAGAGCACAUCGCCGCCGGUUGGCCUGCCUGGCUCAGUGCCGUCGCCGGCGAAGCCAUCCACGGCUGGAUUCCCCUCCGCGCCGACGCAUUCGAGAAACUCGAGAAGAUUGGUCAGGGUACUUAUAGCAGCGUGUUCAGGGCGAGGGAGCUUGAGACGGGGAAGAUAGUGGCGUUAAAGAAGGUCCGGUUCGACAAUUUCGAGCCGGAGAGUGUUCGGUUUAUGGCGCGGGAGAUAACCAUUCUGAGGAGGCUUCAUCAUCCCAACAUCAUAAAGCUGCAGGGCUUGAUCACUUCCAGGUUAUCAUGCAGCAUAUACCUUGUUUUUGAGUACAUGGAGCAUGACAUCACGGGCCUCUUGUCAAGUCCUCAGGUCAAAUUUACCGAACCACAGAUUAAGUGCUAUAUGAAGCAGUUGUUGUCUGGUCUCCAGCAUUGUCAUUCCAGGGGUGUCAUGCACCGGGAUAUCAAGGGAUCCAAUCUUCUGGUGAAUAAUGAAGGGAUACUCAAGGUGGCUGAUUUUGGAUUGGCCAACUUCUCCAGUUCUGCCUACAGGCAUCCCCUCACCAGUCGAGUUGUCACUUUGUGGUAUCGGCCUCCGGAGCUUUUGCUGGGUUCAACGGAUUAUGGCCCUUCUGUUGAUCUCUGGAGUGUUGGCUGCGUUUUCGCUGAGCUACUUGUUGGGAAACCUAUACUUCAGGGGAGAACAGAGGUUGAACAAUUGCACAAAAUCUUCAAGCUUUGUGGCUCCCCGCCUGAUGAAUACUGGAAAAAGACUAGACUUCCUCAUGCAACUUUGUUUAAGCCACAACAAGCAUAUGAUAGUUGCCUCCGACAGUCCUUUAAAGAUUUGCCUUCUUCCAGUGUAAAUCUGCUGCAAACUCUUCUUUCCGUUGAACCAUACAAGCGUGGGACUGCCGCAUCUGCUCUCUCAUCAGAGUAUUUCAAAACAAAACCUCAUGCAUGUGAGCCAUCAAGCUUGCCGACGUACCCGCCUAGCAAGGAAAUUGAUGCAAAACACAGAGAGGAGUCAAGGAAAAAGGUCACUGGACGAGCUCGAGGAACUGAAAAAAGAAAGCCAUCAAGAAAGGCCCUUGGAUUCAAUAAACUAACUCCAGCAGAGGAUUUGGCAAGUCAAACUCAAGCUUCCCAUAAGGUCAAUGGUAGAUCUGUUUCCAUCCUUCAAGAACAAAAGGCUAACACAGGUGAGGAGGAACAAAAGCCAGCUAGUGGUAAACUUGAAGAUGCUUCCCAUAUGAAGAAUUCAUCUCAAGAAGAUAUUCCCUUUUCUGGGCCAUUACAAGUUUCAUCAUCAAGUGGCUUUGCAUGGGCAAAAAGUCGUAAAGAUGACGCUUCAAUUCGAUCCCACUGUCGAACUAUUUCGAGAGGACAUAUUUUCAACCUGUCAGAAACUUCUACACUAAAAUCAAGGAAUAAUUUGGAUAACAGAAACCAGGAAAGUAAGGAGUCUUCUGGGAGGCGCACCAACUCUAGAGGCAGCGACCUACUUGACUUAUCUAAGAUAUCAAUGCAGAAUCCGUGGAAUAGGUUUGAUCGCCCAGAUUCAUUUGAUGCUUCCGAUGAGUACCAUUCGCAAGAACUAUCUAUGGCACUUUAUCAUAGAGAAGAUUCAGCAUCGAAGAGAAGUAAUCUGAGUUUUCAGGAUCAAGGAGAGAAGGUUGAAUAUUCCGGACCCCUUCUAUCUCAGAUGCACACAGUUGAUGAGCUCUUAGAAAAACAUGAGCGUCAUAUCCGACGCACAGUUCGAAGAUCAUGGUUUCAAAGAGCUAAGAAGCAUGGGAAGUAAAUGCAAAGUUAGAUAUAAAGAAGGCAAUCUCCAAUCCUCCAACUGCACUGCUAAAAGCAGCAAACGAACAACAAAAUCGUUCUAACUCGGAGUAUUUAGCUCCAUGAUUUGUUACCAGGAAGCUGGGAGACUCAACAACUUGAGGAACAUGGCACUUUCAAAUCAACUUAAAACAUCCGAUUUUUGGUCAUUUUAUUCAUUUAGUUUAGGUUAUAGAUGAAAAUUUUCUGUAUGAUUUAAGUUCUUCUCCCUUCUUAUAAUUAGCCAUUGUUAAUUGUUAUCUAAUUUCAAGGCUUGUCUGGCAUUUGUAUAUAUUUCACUUGCCGUGACUGGCUUGAGGUUCUGUUGUAGCUAUUUUUGGCUCCAAAAUGAAUCAGAUAUAGUAAUUUCAUUAUCUGGGAA